AUGGCUCUGUUUUUCAGCCGAAUCUCAAAGCUCUCUGUACGCAAGGACACUACUCGUUUCUUCUCAUCAUUGCCUCAGCCACCAUGUUUGGUGCUGGACACUAAGAGGUUGAGAGGGACUCCAGAGGAGGGCCUAAUCGUGCAUCACAAGUUAUUCGACCCGACAACCGAAAAGAAAGUGUUCAGCAAGGAGAAGAAGUAUCCCAACGAGCUCCGUGGUCAACCUCUUCUGGGAGCAUCUCAAGGUUGGGUCGCUUUUCUGGUGGAGAAAGACCUAACCGUGAAUCUCACGGAUCUGCACAAUCCUUGUGUCUCGUCUCCAAGAGUCAUAUCAUUACCUUCACUCGGGUUCGAGUAUAAACCCACAACUCAUGCCACGGAAGUGUGUCUUUCUUCUUCUGAUCCUGUCCAAGACGAAUUUUUUGUGGCUGCAAAGUUCAAUGAGUAUCACGUCAGUGUAUGCAGGCCUCGUUCGGAUUCUGAGUGGACUCACAUCAAUACCGGUUACUCUCUUUUACCAGCUUCUAAGCUUAUGUAUUCCAAGAGAGACAAAGCCUUCCACUUUACCAGUUUCAAGGGUCUCUACAUGGGUUCCCUGUAUCCCAGCAACAACAACGAGACCAAGUAUAGAGCUAUACGCCUUAGAAACAUGCCUAAGAUUCCAGAGGCAGUUUGGGAGAUGUUGGAUACAUGUUCCAUGACCAACCACUUGGUUGAAUCUCCCUCUGGUGAACUUUUCUUCAUCAAGUGGUACACACAGGCUAUUCACAAAGAGGACGAAGAUGGUGAUUUGGAAUUUAUCCAUAGCAGAACUAAGCGGUUCAUGGUCUUUAGGCAAGAUGGGAUGAGCAAAGACUUUUGUUACACUGAAGAUAUUGGAGAUCUCUGCAUCUUCCUUAGUAAGGCUGAGGCCUUCUGUCUCUCAGCCAGGUUGUUCCCGGGGCUCAAACCUAAUUACAUCUAUUACCUUGGCCCUAGACUUGGUACUUACGAUCUCGCUUCUGGUACGAACCGUCCCUUUCCUUUCGAUCGCUUUGGUAAACCCUCACAGGUCGAUACCCCUUACUGGAUCCUUUCGACCUCUUGUCUGAGUUCGAGCUAG